AUGGAAAACAGUGGGGCCCAAACCCCCAAAAAACACAAAGAAUCAAUCGAAUUUGUAAGCAAAAGUCUUGAAAAUCAUCUUCCUUGUCACAAGAAUUCCAGUCAAGCUAAUCGUUACUCUGCACCUGUCCCUUUCUUCUUCUUUUUUUCUCUUUCUUCUCUAAAUUAAUUCACCAACAUCCCAACCUACUCUACACUUUUUUUUAGUACAACAUUUUCUCUGCGUUUUUCAGGAGCUCACAUUAUACAAUUAUUUGAGUUACAAAUUCAACAAUCAUGACUGCAAGAGAAAUUCUUCACAAGAUGAAGGUCAAAGCUGGGUUUAGCUCUGUGCCACCUGACACUGGGAAAGGAAAAGGCAAAAUGUUGAAGCAUAUUACUCAUGGUUUCAAUCUUGUGAAAGGAAAAGCAAGUCAUCCCAUGGAAGACUAUCUAGUUUCUCAAUUUAAACAGAUGGAUGAUAAGGAGCUGGGUCUGUUCGCAAUAUUUGAUGGGCACAUGGGCCAUGAUGUUGCAAACUAUUUGCAGUUGCAUCUCUUUGAAAACAUACUGAAAGACCCGGGGUUUUGGACUGAACCAGAGAAUGCAAUUAGGAGAGCAUAUGAUAAAACUGAUGGAGAAAUUCUUGAGAAAGUACCUGUACUGGGAAAAGGAGGUUCAACUGCUGUUACAGCUAUUCUGAUCAAUGGUCAAAAGCUAAUUGUUGCAAACGUGGGUGAUUCUCGUGCUGUAAUUUGUAAAAAUGGAGAGGCCAAACAACUAUCAGUGGAUCAUGAUCCUGGUACAGAGAAGAGAGAAAUUGAGAGACGGGGUGGUUUUGUAUCAAAUAUUCCAGGUGAUGUCCCACGUGUAGACGGACAACUGGCAGUGGCGAGGGCAUUUGGUGAUAAGAGCUUGAAGUUACAUCUCAGUUCAGAACCCUAUGUAGAUGAGAUGAAGAUAGAUGACACUACUGAGUUUAUGAUCCUGGCAAGUGAUGGCUUAUGGAAGGUAAUGUCAAACGAAGAAGCAGUGGAUUCUAUCAAACACAUAAAGGAUGCUCAGUCAGCUGCGAAGCAUUUAACAGAAGCGGCUGUCACCAGGAAAAGCAAAGAUGACAUAUCUUGCAUUGUUGUAAGAUUUCAAUGAUAUAUGCUCUCUUGUUAGUUCAAACUUAUGGUUUGAUAUACUCUACACUGGAAUUAAAAAUAUCGUGUUUGUGUACUUGAACUUGCUCAAUGCUCCACUUGAAAAAAUAAUUAACAUAAAUAUUAACAUAUAAUGUAUAUUAAGCUAUCAGCCUAUCACCUGUAAACAACUUGUUCAACUCUUAAAACUUCUACAAGUUUCCAAUCAUAUAGCUUAUGGGUGAACUAUUUAUUCAUAUAGAAUUUUUCCA